AUGUCCAGGUCCGGCGACAGGACGUCCACCUUCGACCCGAGCCACAGCGACAACUUAUUGCACGGCCUCAACCUGCUCUGGAGGAAGCAGCUCUUCUGCGACGUGACCCUGACGGCCCAAGGGCAGCAGUUCCACUGCCACAAGGCCGUCCUGGCCUCCUGCUCCCAGUACUUCCGAUCCCUCUUCUCCAGCGCCGCCGCCGGAGGAGGAGGAGGAGGAGGAGGCGGGGGUGGCCACCACCAUCACCACCACCACCACCACCCUCAGGACGGCCUGCCAGCUAAAGAGCAGCAGCAGCAGCAGCAGCAGCAGCAGCCACAAACCCAAGCGCAACCGCCUCCGCCGCAGCCGCCGCAGCAGGACGAGCCCGGCACUCCUUCCUCCUCCCCCGAAGACAAGCUCCUCGCCAGCCCCCGGGCCAUCAACAACCUGGUGCUGCAGGGCUGCUCCUCGAUCGGGCUGCGGCUGGUGCUGGAGUACCUCUACACGGCCAACGUGACCCUCUCGCUGGACACGGUGGAGGAGGUGCUCUCGGUCAGCAAGAUCCUGCACCUGCCGCAGGUGACCAAGCUCUGCGUCCAGUUCCUCAACGACCAGAUCUCGGUGCAGAACUACAAGCAGGUCUGCAAGAUCGCCGCCCUGCACGGCCUGGAGGAGACCAAGAAGCUGGCCAACAAGUACCUGGUGGAGGACGUGCUGCUGCUCAACUUCGAGGAGAUGCGCGCCCUCCUGGACUCGCUGCCGCCCCCCGUCGAGUCGGAGCUGGCCCUCUUCCAGAUGUCCGUCCUGUGGCUGGAGCACGACCGCGAGACCCGCAUGCAGUACGCCCCGGACCUCAUGAAGCGCCUCCGCUUCGCCCUCAUCCCGGCCCCGGAGCUGGUCGAGCGGGUCCAGUCCGUGGAGUUCAUGCGCACCGACCCGGUCUGCCAGAAGCUGCUCCUGGACGCCAUGAACUACCACCUGAUGCCCUUCAGGCAGCACUGCAGGCAGAGCCUGGCCAGCAGAAUUCGCUCCAACAAGAAAAUGCUUUUAUUGGUUGGAGGACUGCCUCCUGGACCUGACCGGCUACCUAGCAAUUUGGUUCAGUAUUAUGAUGAUGAAAAGAAGACGUGGAAAAUACUGACAAUUAUGCCAUAUAAUAGUGCCCAUCAUUGUGUUGUGGAAGUGGAAAACUUCUUGUUCGUAUUGGGAGGAGAAGACCAGUGGAAUCCCAAUGGAAAGCACAGUACAAACUUUGUCAGCCGAUAUGAUCCUAGGUUUAACAGCUGGAUACAGCUUCCACCUAUGCAAGAGAGAAGGGGAUCUUUUUUAUGCUGUCGGCUUGACAAAAAUUUAUAUGUGAUUGGUGGGAGAAAUGAAACUGGCUACUUGUCAAGUGUGGAAUGCUAUAAUUUAGAAACAAAUGAAUCUUAUGUAUCUUCCCUACCACAGCCCUUGGCGCACAGCAGGAGUGUCAAUAAUGGCAAGAUCUAUAUUUCAGGAGGUGUCCACAAUGGUGAAUAUGUCCCCUGGCUGUACUGUUAUGACCCUGUAAUGGAUGUCUGGGCUAGAAAACAAGACAUGAACACAAAGAGAGCUAUCCAUACAUUGGCUGUAAUGAAUGGCCUGUAUGCAAUUGGAGGAAAACAUUGAAAGGGGUUUUCGCACCUUGAUGUCAUGCUUGUGGAAUGCUACGACCCAAAAGGCGACCAGUGGAAUAUUUUGCAGACUCCUAUUUUAGAAGGUCGCAGUGGUCCUGGAUGUGCAGUCCUUGAUGACAGCAUUUACCUUGUUGGAGGCUACAGCUGGAGUAUGGGUGCCUACAAAUCUUCGACAAUUUGUUAUAGUCCUGAGAAAGGAACCUGGACAGAGCUCGAAGGAGACGUAGCAGAGCCACUUGCAGGCCCUGCUUGCUCUACUGUCAUAUUACCUGCAUGUGUGCCAUACAAUAAAUAACAUUUUGGAAGUACUGAAGGAGGGGGAAUACUGUUACAUUCUGAAAAGGAAAGGGGGUGACAUAACUAUUUCACAGAACAGAAUUCCUGGUACUGCUUACAAGACCGUAUUCCUAUACUCACACUUAUGAUUUUAAAAGAGGAUAGCACCUGCCUUGGAUAGACUGAUAUGCUGUCAGACAGCCAACAAACACAUGGAACAUUGCCCACGUUGACAGACAGACAUUUCAGAUUGAUCUUAACUUCUUCUUGCUACAGAUCCUAUUAUUGAUUCUAAAUUUAAAGGAAAGAAGAUGCUAACCAUCCAAAUGCUGCCUGGAUGACCAUGAGUAUUAUUGUGCAUUGUAUUUUACCUGCAUGGGAUCUGUGUUAGUCAUGAUGAUGCUGUUAACAAGUAAUUCAGAACUGAGAUACUGAAAAGUGUUGACUUACAGAAUUGUCUCCUGUUUUUAAACUUUACACUGUGGCUACUUCAUAUGUUCUGAAAGUAAGGCAGCAUCAGAAAGAAGGUCAUGAGAGGUAAUGGUGCAAUGAUGCUUCUGUUUUGAACAAAUUGGCUGGUUGUGCACUCUGUCCUCAAAUUCCUAUGUGUGAGUAUUGCAGCAGCAACAACAACAACAAAGCAUCGAACAUAGAAAUCUUAGACCAAGUCAGACAAUUAGGACCAUCUGGCUCAGUACUGUCUGCAAUAACAAACAAGUGUCAGACAGAUCUCCUUCCCAGCUCUGCCUGGAGAUCACUAGGAUUGAAUCUGGUACUUUCUAUAUGCAAAGUGCGUUUUCUAUCAGAAAACUGACCCCUCAUUCCUAAAGUUGUGCUAAGCUUCAAAUACACUUUCAAAGCAGUGGGUUCUCACCUUUUUCUGAGUAUUUCCACCACUUAGCCAGACAGAAAGAAUAGGAGACAUAUGGUGAUGAGUACAAAUUUUGACUUGAUAUGGAGGCUAAUCAAACUCUAUGAGUCCAGCAUAUGAAAAUGUAAUCUUUUUUUUAAUACAGAAUUGCUUUAGGAGGAGAGUUUAUUUGUGACAUUCUUAUUUAGCUUCCAUUAUCACCACACUUUUAUAUAAGGUGGCACCUAUGAAAAACAUUGCUGUAUGGAACACUUUUGUCCAAACAGCCAUAUCCUUUUCCAGAUACCUCAUUCCAUUACCACAAUCUCUUUUUUUCCCCUCACAUGCUGUGGUCACUGAGCAUAUUCAGACCUUUUUGGGCAUUAUAAAGGCUUGAAGGGGCAUAGAUGUUAAAUUUCUGGAGAUUUUGGAGGCAUGAGAGGAAGUGCAGAGAUUUUUUACUUGUUAAGGGAAACCAUUUGGAAACAUUGAAAAAAUGCAAUAUUAUUGUCCAUUACAGAUUGAAGGUCACUUUAUUGCCUUAGGAACAUGAAAUGUGUUGCAUAUAACUUGUUUUGGCUUUAAAUUAUAAUGUUUGGCAUAUUAAAAUACAGUUUAAUUCAGAAAAUAGUUACCUAUUGAGUUCAGAUUUGUUAAAUUGUAUUUUUUCUUACAAAUGGAGUUAAAAACUCCUGAACAGUAAGAAACACCUGAACUGUAAAGGAACCUUUUUGUUUUUGCCAUUAUAUAAGAGUCAAGAAGAAGUCAGAACAGAAGAAACCAUAAAUGCUAGUAAAACAUUGCCUCCCCUAGUGCACCAUAAUAUUAAGCAGACUCUUUCCCAUAAAAAGAAUGGAAAAGGGGAAACCAGGACCAGUUCUGAUACUGUAUAUCAAUGCAUCUCAAACUAUCUGAUGAGGGAGAAGUGGCAUUCCACCUCAUCACAUCUGUGUUCAUUGGCUGCAAUGGUUUCUUUUGUCUCCGACUGGCAGCCAGUGAAUCACACACCAGCAUCAUUCUAUGGACCACCACCUUGGGUAGCAUUGCUAUGUGGGAGGAAUUAAUAUAGGAAUAUCUUGUUGAUUCAUUAUUCCAUAUAUAUAUUAUAUCCAAUUUUUUGUUUAUCUGGACAAUGAGGCUUUAAAAAAUCAGAGGGGGGAUUUUUCCUGCUUUAUUUCCUGUUUUUUUUCCCUUGUGGCCCUCACGUGUGAAGUGGAGGUGAGACUCUUACCCCUUAUCCCACCACUUAUCCUAUGAGAUGUAAGGUUCUUCCUAAAUCACAACAGUCACCACAUGUGAAGACUUCCAUAACUUUCACUGCUUUCCCUUAUCUCCACCUCUUCCACCUAUGUUAGGAUCUCUUAGAUGUCCUCAAGGUUCCUGUGUGGGAUAUUAUACCACUUCUAUCCCCAUUGGAUACCAGCUCUCUUUAUCUGUUGUUACCCACACAGACAUCAUGUCUGAUU